UAAUAUUAGUGCAGAACACUGUACCUUUAAUUUCAAUGCCCUUGGAGUCUGCUGGGGAAGAGAAAUAAUACUGUCACUCAGUAUGGCAGAGUGGGAGCAAUGGGAGGCGUACAGGGACCCAGGUCACACUGUGGGCCCAGCAGCAGCGUGACCAGGCGGUAACGGGGCCCAUGGCCGAUAUGGGGCCUGGCGGCACCUAUGGAAGGCCACUAAUCUGCCAGCAACCUAUGGACAAAAUGGAAAACCGCAGGAGUGUAAGGAGACCUCAAAGUGGCACAUGGCAGAGUGGAAGCAAUGGGAGGCCGUACAGGGACCCAGAUCACACUGUGGGACCAGCAUCAGCGUGAACAGGCGGUACGGGGGCCCAUGGCCGAUU